AUGUUCAAUUCCCCACAGGACCGUUACAGAGAAUUGAUGAGGGUAGCACAGCAAUGGCGACAGCUGAAGCUGUUGAAAUGGAAUGGGUUUGGUUAUGAGAGAAGAAGGCCGACAUCCGGUGAACUCGCUCUCUUUUGCCCGGCUUGCCCGCAGCCCAGCAUCAACUCCCCACUGCCAUCUGAUAGGAGCGCUGAUGAUCCCAGUUGGCUAUAUGCCCGAUCGCUGGUUAUGGACGGCAACUUCAAAGCAGAACACCUUCAUCCCACUCAUCUGGAAGACGAAGUCUGGUUGACUGAUGGCCAGUGCUUCAUGGUUUCCAAAGACCAAUAUAAGGCUCAUCUAGCGGUUGCCAACGACGUUGUUCAACCAUCCGAGUGCAACAAUCACCGAGCCGUAAACCAGGCCAAUGCUUCGCAACACAAACUAGAAGCUACCGGGAUAGGCGGUUGCGCAUGCGCCCGCCACGGCUGUUUUGUGCCUCAUUCCAUUGUGGAUUUUCAAAAGGGCGAAUGGCAAAUGAAUAUGGACUACGCCCUAUGUCACGCAUUAAGCCACCACACGGAUGGGCUCAGUCAAGCUUUCACAUUUUAUGACGUUAAUUGUCAGUAUAACAAGCACUUCCAGCAUCGGGUGAGCGAGAGCCUCUAUUUGAGCCUCCCUUCUGGUAUGGAGAUCAUACCGGGAAUUGGCCUCUGGCAUGAUCGACGGAGAAAUCAUGGAGACGUUGUGGGCGCCUCUGAAUAUCAUAUCUCCUGCUGCGAGAGGGAUGUCGACCCCCCAUCAGCAAGAGUGUCUGAUUACCAGAUGAAUGACUCUAAUUUUAUGAAGAUGAUUCGCGGUUUUCUUUGCCGGAAAUAUAAGGAAGCUAUUAAGGGCAUCACAGAAAGUGCCUCUGCUUUUGACAAGCUCAAUGACACCACCGAUCCUAUCAUGGUUGCAAAAUGGGAGGAACAGGACCGAUAUGCUCAUUCAUGUCGAGUCGCCGAUCCAUCGGCAAUGGAUGUGUUUGAAGUACAGUUAAAGAGGGCACCAACUCGGAAGCAACAGGAGCUAGCUUUACUGUCCUCCCGAGUAGGCCGAUUGGGUGGGAAUCUGCAACGAGGUGCUGCCACAUGGAUUGCAUCUGGCAUUACCAUAGAAGAGGUUCAGAUAGCACUCACUAUGGAUAUUAGGAAGCUCGGCAGACACCCCACAGAGACCCAAACCUUGGAUAUAUGCAGACGUCGGACAAAAUUGCAAAGCCGGAUAGAUGAAUUCACUAUUGUGGCGGCAAUUCAUCUCGGCGAGGGCUUUGAUGUUGAUGAUGACAUUAGAGAUCUCCACUUGGACUUCAUAGAUGACGAUUCAGAAGGUAAUGGAAUUGAUGGCAGUGAUACCGAAUCUGACCCGGAAGCCGAUGGACGUCAGCUGCGGGAUUCAUUCUACCCAGAGAAGAUCGUGAUACCUCUGCCAUCCAAUAUUGGCGUAGCACGCUGUGGGGAGCUGGGAGUUGAACACCUCAUUGGUCAGGAAAUUGCACUUCAGGAAGGUCAGGCCAACGAUGCCUUGCAAGCGAUCAGAAUGCAUCUAGCGGAUAAGGCUGUGCUCUUUCAUACCGCCGUGUGUCCAGCGAAAUCACAAGCCAAAUCAACAAGGGCAUGGACGCAGGUUCAUUCGGUCAAACAGGUCAUCCGACUCAACACAAUGAUUUAUAUGAAAUGUCGGGCACAACUCGGAAACCUGGAAGCUCAUGGCCUGCUUAAUAAGUACCUCCGGAUGGAAAAGAGCCAUCUCAAAACAACUGCUGCCAUGGCGGACCCAAAUGCCCGGGUCAGCAGUGAUUGGAUGAAUGAAUUUUACAGGGUUCAUUGGCUUCGCACGAAAGCAUUACGCGACCGAUGGGUGGAAGAACUCAUUCUGGUUGAACAUGAAAUGGGUUGGACCCUGGAGUUUUUUCUCUUCAAAGCAAGCAUGUGGUUAACAAGGCUCACAUCAAACAGCGAAGCACUACCGGAGGGACACAAGUGUUAUGCGAUUCGGCAGGCCCAUAUGUACCAAGAACUUGCCAAACACGCACAGGCAGGCUUUAUAAAGACAAAUCCAACCUUCCGGCCAAUUUCUUAA